AUGACGUCCACUACUGGCAUUCCACCCCCAGAGGUCCGUGUUCGUAUCCUAAACAUGAAAUCAAGAAGGGCUCUCUACAGCGCCACUCGAGACACAAACGCCUUGAAUCACGUCGACAGCACGACGAUCUACAGCGAUCAGUACUGGUACAUCCAGCCUGGGAAGGGCAAACACCAAGGCCGUUAUCUGGUCGUGAACGCAGCCAACGGCCGAGCUCUCUACGCCAACAACCGAAACGGCGCAAACGGCGGCAACGGUGAGGUCGGCACAAUGGAUAACCCAGGUUCCUUCGACGAUCACCAUUUCGACCUUGCUCAGACACAAGGUACCGGCGUGCGAAACAAUCAGUUCCGUCUCCACACCCCUACAGGGCAUGCCAAUUUCUUCUCUCGCACCGAAUACAAGCCCGAAUUGGGUUGUCUGUCGGACAAGGAGAAAAUUUACGACGACCACUGGUUCACCUUCGAACUGGAGCCGUUGGAAUUCGUCAGGAUCGAGUACGAUGAAGAGCACCCAGAAAUCAUCACAACGGGUAUCAGGCACUUCCCUCCGCAAAAGGCAUUGAAUCAUCUGGAGAUUGAGACGACGCAGGAGAUGACGAUUAGCCAGGAGACGGAACAGCAGUCAACGUUUACUUCCGAGAUCGGGGUUUCCGUAACGGCUUCGGCCGAGUUCAGUUGCGGUGUGCCUUUAUUUGCGGAGGGCAAGGUGAGCAUUAGUACUACGUUGAGUACAAGUUUGGCGUGGGGGACUACGAAUAUCACGAGGCAGAAGUGGGAAGCAAAGGUGGUGCUCAAGUGUCCGCCCAAGUCUGCUACGCUCUGCACUGCUUCCGUGCUGGAGACAAGGCUCCGUAUGCCUUUUGUGUCGUAUUGGAAGACAGAGAAAGGUGGGAAGGAGGUCCAACUCAAGGGGGUUUAUGAGGGGCAGAGCUGUGCUAGUUUGAGCACCGUGUCUUCGCAUCUUCCGUACACGCCCGAGAAGAAGUGA